AUGGGAUCUGAAUCUGAUGAAGAAAUACUAGCAGCUGUGAGGGAAGUAGAAGAGGUCGCAAAGACACCGCAAAAGAAAGCUAAGUCUACCGCAAGAAAAACUAAGCCAGCCGCAGAUAAGUCGCAAACUGAAAGCAAAAGAGACAAGCUUAUAGAGCUAUCUAGGGAUGGUGUAAUAGAGAAGUCCGCAAGUUUUAUAAGAAAGUCCAACAAGGAUGUUGUGGAUAGACUAUACCAGGAAUAUGAAAGUCAAAGAAUGUCAUGCGCAAGUGACUUCUUAUCAACACUUAUAAUUUCAAAGUUUGCUUCUGUACUGGGGAGUUUCAGCGUAGUAGCAUCUUCAGAGAAACUGUCAGAGGAACUACUUAGUGAUAAACUUCUAAAGGAUGAUGUAUGUUAUCUAACAAGAAUGAUAUCCCCCAACAUUCCAUUCAUAGGUCUAAUAUCAGGUGGUUGUACAACAGCUAAGCAUGUUGUUGCUCAUAAGUGGAAUAAGAAGGAGGAACCUGAGGAAAUAUCUGAGGAAGCUAAACAUAUCUUAUUAAAUACAGAAGAAGAAUGUCAGGACAUGAGUGGGAAAACGCUUGGGGAGGAACAGAAUUUGAAGACAUAA